AUGUACAGUUACAUAUCUGUGAUAACGCUGCUGGUAUUUGCCAGCAUAUACAGAGGCGAAUCGUCAAAGUUAGGACAUAUUGAAAGUUUGCUUAAGAAGUCUCAAGAUUCAUUACCAAAUUUAGCUUCUCUUAUUAGCGACAAUGAAAAAGCGAUUAAACAGAUAAAAGUUAAGAUGAAUAAUGGAGCUGUGAAAACAGGCAACAAGAGCGCUGAGAACUAUAUCAAUUGUUGGCGAGAGGAUUAUGAAAAAAGCAAUGGACUAGAUCUAUAUAAAGAUGUCGCAAAGAAACUUAGACAGCCACCUGAAGAUAAUGGUAUUUACGGAGAGGAGUAUCCUCUUCUAGAAUGUGUCCAGCAAGAAGCUAGUACUUUAAACGCUCAAUCACCAUCAGCCAACUGUGAACAGUAUAGACCGUCAUCAGAAGAACAAGAUAUUGAGAAUUUGCACCAGCACAUGGAAUAUUCAUACUACUACAGAAUGCUUUAUGGUAAAGCCAUUUUGUUCAAUAAAAUUUAUGAAACUUCCAUCGAGAAGAUGAAACGAAUGGGAGGAAGUAACUAG